AUGCUUUUCAAGAUUGGUAUCAUUGGUGGAACGGGUUUGGAAGACCCGAACAUUUUUGAGAAUUCACGUGAGGUUGUUGUUGAAACACCUUUCGGCAAGCCAUCUGACGCUCUUUUAGAGGGCGAAGUUGACGGAGUUCCAUGUGUUCUUUUGUCUCGUCAUGGCAGAAAACACGGCGUACCCCCAACAAGUGUUAAUUUUAGGGCAAAUUUGUGGGCGUUGAUGCAACAAGGAGUCAGUGUUAUACUUGCCACUGCAACGUCGGGAAGUUUGAAAGAAGAAAUUACACCUGGAUCUCUUGUUUUCUUGGAUUCGUUUAUAGAUAGAACAUUCAAAAGAGAAAUUACUUUCCACGAUGGGCGUGAAGGAAAUCCAGCUAAAGGUGUUUGCCACAUUCCAUCUCACCCAGCUUACAACGAAAAGCUGAGACAGGCAUCUUCUGAAUUUGUUUUUUUAAUUAAUAAUCUUUUUAUCCUCUUGAUUUUGAUCUCCUGCGCGGAACAGCUGAAGUACAAAUAUUUUAAAAGCGGGACAGUUGUUUGUAUUGAGGGACCGAGAUAUUCUUCGAAGGCCGAAAGCAAUGUUUUCCGAAGUUGGAAUGCAGAUGUGAUAAAUAUGACAGUUUGUCCCGAGGUAUAUUUAGCAAAGGAACUUGGAAUUCCUUUCGCAACUACAGCAAUCAUAACGGAUUAUGACUGUUGGCGUGAGGGGGAUGAGGUUUCUGUUGAAUUGGUUGCCGAAAGGAUGGUUGAAAAUGCUUAUAAAGCAAAAAAUCUUUUCUUACUGGCUAUCAAAAAGAUAAAAGAACAGGACUGGACAGAAGAAAUUAAACAAGCAAAAAUUGUUGCUCGAAAUGCAGUGAUGCUGGACAAAGACGUAUUAAUUGAGCACCUCACAGUUCCCCAAUGA